UUAAGAAUUAAUAAAGUGUUGUUUACGAAAAUACAUGCGUUUCUUUUGUUUUAAAUCAUGUAUAUAUCUAGCAUCUUCCGGCGCUUGAAAAAGCCAGCGACUUACAAUCAACUACCGUAGUUUCCGCUCGUUGUUUUUAAAUCAUUGAAACAUCGGAUCUUCAAGCAACUAAGCGCAAUACCGAGCAAUACCUCUUUGCCUACAAUAUAAAUAAAAAAGCAGGCCGAGACAUUACCCGUGCCUACGGAAAAAAUACAAAGACGGUGUCAACCCGACAUUAUACAAACAAUAAGUAGCUCUCCAUAGUAGAGCGCGCUACGUUGCGACUCUUCCAAAUCCCGUACGCGGCGUUGCCGUUCUGCGGACCGGAUAGCGGCCGUCCGGCGCGCGGCUGCCGCUCCGCUUCGCCGCCGACAGUAUUGUGUAAACUCGCUAGGGGAAUAUACGCAUUUUUGCACAACGUUUACUACAAAAUAUACAUUUAUUAUAACAAAACACUGAAAAUUUGACGUCAAAAAUGUGGUUAAAGUAGUUUUAACUAAGUUUUGUGAAAAUUUUAAGAGAAACGGCCAUUUUGAAACCGGAUAAGAGCAGUUUGAAGAUAUCGAUAAUGUCGGACUCGGACACAAGUACCAGCAUGCAGCGGUUCUCGAAGAAGAUGAUAGCAACUCGCGAGCUGAUCGAGUUGGUUCGCAAGAAGCGGUGCCUGUGGGACCGCUGCCACCCCUCGUACCGCGACCGCGCCGAGAAGGACAAGUGCUGGCACGACAUCUACCUCGAGUUCGAGCCCGCCUACGACACGCUCGACGACAGCAAGAAGAACCUUAUAGGUACAAUAAUCACAAGGAAGUGGUAUAACGUGCGGGACUCAUAUGUAAAAUCACGCAAGCCCGGAGUGCGGCGGCCGUACUUGUACUCCGAGGAGAUGCAGUUUCUCGACCCCAUCUACCUGGUGGAUAAGAAGGGCCACGGAGACAAGAGCUUCAUGGAGGAGCGCGCUUCUAAUGACGAGGGAGACAACGACAACACACACAACUGGCUCAACGAGGUGUUCGUGGACAUCGAUGAGGGCGUGGAGAACGACGCCGGCGCCGGCCCCGCCAAGCGGCCCAAGCUCGACUACAGCGGCGGCAAGGAUGACUGCGACGAGAACAUCGUCACCGUCCUCGCCAACCUCAUACAGAAAGAGGAGGACGAGGACAGAGCCUUCUUCAAGUCCAUCACGCCCUCCGUCAAGAAACUCUCCGAGACCGCCAAGUUCGAGUUCCGGAUACAAGUCAUGAAGCUCAUCAACAGUUUGAAAAUGAGAGACAGACAAGUAGUGAAACUAAAACGAGAAAGGACGUCUAAUGUGGACUCCGAUAGCGAGUGAUAUUAAUUAUUAUGGUGCAUUAAAUAGUUUUAAGACAG